AUGUUGAUUCGUGUUUUAAUCUUUACAAGUUUGAUCUACAUCGCACGGUGUAAUAGUUACUACCCUAGGAACCGUGGAUAUGGGGGUUAUAGACCACCUCCUCAGUGUAUAGUCUCGCAGUGGGCCACAUGGGGACAGACAGACUAUUUUGGAAUCCAAAGAAGAUACAGGUGGAUUAUUAGACAUCCUGCACCUGGCGGGGGAAUGUGUCCUAAUCUGAUUGAAACAAGAACAGCUCCAUGUAAUUGUGCGGUUGGACAAUGGUCAUUAUGGAGUGUUCCGAAUCGGUCCGGUGUUAGUUUUAGAAAUAGAAACAUAUUAAAACGACCAUCUUAUGGAGGAAGACCAUGCCCAAUAGUGUACCAGACUAAGCAAGUUGCAAAAGACUGUGUCGUAAGUGUAUGGUCAUUAUGGAGUCAAGUGGAUUCACAAGGGAAUCGGCAACGGACCAGAAUUAUAUUACAGCGACCAUGUCAUGGCGGUAGAUCAUGUCCACCAUUGGUUGAAACAAUAAAAGUAUCUGUUGACUGUGUUGUAUCUACCUGGAGCGAGUGGAGUAAGCACGAUAAAGACGGUAUAUCUAAUAGACAGAGAUUUGUCGAAGUUACACCGAUACACGGUGGUAAAGAAUGUCCACAUACUAUUGAAACUAAAGCAGUUCCAAUUGACUGUAUUGUUGGAGAUUGGGGUUCAUGGGGACCUGUCAACAACGAGGGAAUAAAAACACGAUUACGAGUAAGAAAACAGAAACCAUUAAAUGGAGGACAGCCAUGCCCAUCUCUCUUAGAAGAGUUAGAAGUUCCACUUGAUUGCAUUAUGACUGUUUGGUCAGAAUGGACAGUGCCUAACAAGAAAGGAAUAAGUUUCAGGGAACGAGAAAUAGUCAGAGAACAGAAAAACGGCGGGAAAGAAUGUGGAGCGACAGACGAUACCAAAGCAGUUCCAAUCGAUUGUGUGGUUACGAAGUGGAGCGAUUGGAGUCCCCAUGACAACCAAGGACACUCACACAGAGAACGAUAUAUAACCCAACCGGCUUUGAAUGGAGGAGCAGAAUGUCCAGUCACUUACGAGACUAAAUUAGUUAAUAUCAACUGUAUAGCAAGUGCUUGGAAUGAAUGGGGUCCAUUGAAUGCUGAGGGUAUAUCUACAAGAUUCAGAACAAUUGUGACAACUCCUCUUAACAACGGGGAUCCAUGUCCACCAUUAGAACAAACUAAAGCAGUGUCAGUUGACUGUCUUGUAACUGAAUGGAGUAUUUGGAGUCCACAUGAUAGCCAAGGGCUUUCGCGAAGAGAACGAUUUCAAACACAGCGACCUUUAAAUGGCGGGAAAAAAUGUCAACAUCUUAUCGAAACAAGAUUAGUGAACAUAAAUUGUCAAGUCAGUUCUUGGAAUGAAUGGGGUCCAAUAAAUUCCAAAGGUAUUGCUAGGCGUUUUAGAACUAUUGUCACAGCUCCCUUGAAUAAAGGUGAUCCAUGUCCGCCUUUAGAAGAAACAAAAGCAGUACCAAUUAACUGUCUAGUAACGGUAUGGAGUGAAUGGGGUCCAUUGGAUGAUAGUGGCAUUAGCAGGAGAGAAAGAACAAUUAUAGUGAAGCCUUUAAAUGGUGGAAAGAUAUGUCCUGUAUUAAAAGAUUCCAAAAACGUACCAGUUAAUUGCAUAGUCAGUCUGUGGGGUACGUGGAAACCACAUGACAAUACAGGAUUCACAUACAGAGAGCGUUAUGUUAUUCAAGACGAUCUUAAUGGUGGGGAAGAAUGUCCUAAACUCAGAGAUACGAAAUAUGUACCAAUAGACUGUGUAGUGAGUGAAUGGAGUGUCUGGACCCAACCAGAUGAAGGUGGUAAUGUUGAAUCAUUCCGUACAAUCCGCGUUAAACCAUUGAAUAGUGGAAUGAAGUGCCCAGACUUGUGGCAAAAGAAGAAAGUGCCUUUGGAUUGUUUGGUUGGUGAAUGGACAAAAUGGAGUGAAAGAGAUAAAGAUGGUAAAAUUACCAGGAGACGUGAUGUUCUGAGAUAUAACCUAAAUGGUGGGGAGAAGUGUCCUACACUAGAACAAACACAGCUGGUUUCCGUGAAUUGUGAGGUAACACAGUGGACCGAAUGGACAAGUCCCGAUGAAGGAGGAAACAGACUCAGAAGUAGAGUUAUAUUGCAGCCUUCUCUGAAUGGUGGCAACAUUUGUCCAUCUUUGACCGAUAAUGAUAAAGUACCGUUGGAUUGUUUGGUCGGUGAAUGGACAAAAUGGGGUAAAAGAGACAAAGAUGGGAAAAUAACGAGGACACGUGAUGUUACAAGAUAUAACCUGAAUGGUGGAAACAAGUGUCCAACACUAGAACAAACACAGCUGGUUACUGUGGACUGUGAGGUUACACAGUGGACGCAAUGGACAGCACCAGAUGAGGGAGGAAACAGACGAAGGAGUAGGACUAUAUUAGAGGCUCCUCUAAAUGGUGGGAAAAGCUGUCCUUCUUUGGCGGAUAACGAUAAAGUGCAAAUGGACUGUUUGGUUAGUGAAUGGACAAAAUGGAGUAAAAGGGACACAAACGGAAAAAUAACAAGAACACGUGAUGUUAAACGACAUGCUUUGAAUGGCGGGAAAAAAUGCCCUGAACUUGAACAAACACAGCUGAUUUCUGUGAAUUGUGAGGUUACACAGUGGACCGAGUGGACAAGUCCAGAUGAAGGAGGAAACAGAAUUAGAAGUAGAGUUAUACUGCAGCAUCCUAAGAAUGGCGGUAACAACUGUCCUACUUUGACUGAUAAGGAUAAAGUUGCAUUAUCAUGUAUUAUUGGUGAAUGGUCAACAUGGGGUAAUCCAGAUACCAAUGGUUUAUGCACAAGAACUAGGAAAAUUCUUCGACACGCAGUAAACAGUGGUACUCCGUGUCCUUACACUACAGAAACUAAACUGGUUAUAGUAGAAUGCGUUGUUAGUGAAUGGGCUGCAUGGGGUCAUCCCGAUAACCAAGGAACAUGUAUUAGAACAAGACGAAUUCUUAUUAAACCUGUUAGCACUGGUAAACCUUGUCCUGCAACAACAGAGACUAAAUCAGUGAAAAGAGAUUGUGAACUUGGUGAAUGGGGUCAAUGGACUAAGCCUUUUGGAUUUGGAACUAUUGAAAGAACUAAACAGAUUAAAAAUGAAGCAUUUGGAGGAGGAGCUGCUUGUCCAGUUGAAAGACAAACGAAAACUGCCCCUAUCACAACGACUACAACAUCUGAAAAUUUUGGAGUGUGUUUUGUUCGCCCAGUUGUACAACCACGUGACUUAGUUCUUCUUAUUGAUGGUUCUGGAAGCAUAGGCGAUGAGCCAUUUGCAAAAACAUUGGAAGACCUCUCAGAGUUAAUUGGAAUGUUCUGUCCGCUUAGUGAUUCAUUGAAUCAUAACCAGAACCCCGGGAACUAUAUUCAACUCUCUGCUAUCUUGUUUUCAACUGACUCAGAACUUGUUUUUAAAUUCAAUGAAUAUCACAGCGUAAAACAGGCACAACAUGCGAUCAAGGCAAUUCAUUAUAAUCCGGGUACAACGUGCACAGAAAAGGCAUUAAUGUUAGGAGAAACAAUGUUUACAGUUUCAAAUGGAAUGAGAACCAGCAAAGCUGUAAAAAAGGAAGUUUUAUUACUAACAGACGGUUUGUACAAUUGUGACGGUGACAAUGUAGUGCUUUCUGCAGCCCAGGCUUUAAAGGAUGUAGCUGAUGUUUAUGGAAUGAUGAUUGGCAUCUCAACAGAUGAUGGACGUCAAAAGUUAUCUAAGCUUGUGUCAGAACCUCAAAGAGAUCAUUUGUUUGCAGUAGAUGAUUUGGGACAGUUUUCUAAGUUAAUCAUUCACUUAAAAGACCUUAUUUAUGCUGGAAAAUUGAAUUGUGUUCCUUUGAAAGGUCCAUUACCCCAUUAGAGAUUUGUCGUAAAAUGAAUUUGUUUAUUAUCAAAAAACUUU